UUUACGAACAGACGGUUUUGUCAAGUCUAUGGACUCGCUAUAUACAUUUUUCAUUUUUUAAAUAAGUUCCCUAAAUCAGAGGUCCGCAGACUUCAUCAUUCAGGCCACCAAUUUUUGGCUUAUAAAACCAGAAGAGUGAGUUUCGAUCACAGUAGAUUUUGUCAGCGAUUCUGCAAAGGAGAAGAAACUGUGAUAUUUAUCAAGAUCAGAAGAUAAUUUCGUUUUAGUGGGGAAAAUGGCAGAAACAGGGGAUAAUCCUCGGGAGAGAAGAAUUAUGGUGGCUGUGGACGAGAGCGAAGAAAGCAUGCAUGCCUUGUCAUGGGCCAUCGAUUUUCUGUCAAUUCAGCCCACCGACACCAUUAUUCUACUGCACGCACAACCGCUUCCUAGGGUUUACUCAGCUAUUGAUGGUUACAUAUUCACAUCUGAUAUGGUGCAGUCCUUGCAAAAGUACCAGGAGAGAAUCACUGAAGAUGUAUUCCAAAGGGCCAAAAACAUUUCCACUGAGAAAAACGUACAAAUGUGUUUACAGACCAGAGUGUCUGUGGGGGAUGCGAGGGAUGUUAUUUGUGAGGAAGCUGAGAAAGUUGGAGUAGACUUGGUGGUGAUGGGGAGUCGUGGCUACGGUGCCAUCAAGAGAGCGUUUCUGGGGAGUGUGAGUGAUCAUUGUGCUCACAAUGUGAAGUGCCCAGUUAUGAUUGUGAAGCACCCCAAGAAGAAAUAGAGCACAUCUUAAUCUUCCCUUAUGUUCUGUUGAGUGUGUGUAUGGCAUGGAUUUGAUUUGUGUAUAUGUAUUUUUUACUUCAAAAAAUAUGAAUUUUGUUGGUUUUUUCCUGUCACUGCUCUGUUCUCUGCAUCUAUUACAUUCAACAUAAAACAUUGCAAUUUGUUGAUGAA